CUACUCACAUCACAACAUAAUUCUCCAGACCCUCUUCGUCCCCAAAGCAAAAUCACUCUCUCUGUCGUCGCUACCACUAGUUUUUUUGGCAGCAACAAUGGCAGCCUCACUCCAAGCAGCCGCCACCCUCGUAGCCAUGCCCUUACAGCUCAAAUCCUCUCACUCCAUUUCCAAGGCCUUCGGUUUGGAAACUUGUGCCCCCAGGCUCACCUGCUCUCUUCACCCUCAUCUCAAGGACCUCGCUCACAAGUGUGCCGACGCCACCAAAAUUGCAGGAUUCGCCCUCGCCUCCUCCGCUCUCCUUGUCUCUGGAGCGAGUGCUGAGGGUGUCCCGAAACGCCUCACCUACGACGAAAUCCAGAGCAAGACGUACUUGGAAGUCAAGGGAACGGGAACAGCUAACCAGUGUCCGACCAUCGACGGCGGGCUUGACUCUUUCGCCUUCAGGCCUGGCAAAUACAACGCCAAGAAGUUCUGUCUCGAGCCCACGUCCUUCACGGUGAAAGCCGAGGGCGUCAACAAGAACGCCCCGCCGGAGUUCCAAAACACCAAGCUCAUGACCCGCCUCACCUACACUCUCGACGAGAUCGAGGGCCCCUUCGAAGUUUCUCAAGACGGCACAGUUAAGUUCGAGGAGAAAGACGGCAUCGACUACGCCGCCGUGACUGUCCAGCUUCCCGGAGGCGAGCGCGUGCCUUUCCUCUUCACCAUCAAACAGUUGGUGGCUUCCGGAAAACCGGAGAGCUUCGGCGGAGAAUUUCUGGUGCCGUCGUACCGGGGAUCGUCGUUUUUGGACCCCAAGGGAAGGGGUGCUUCUACGGGUUAUGACAAUGCGGUGGCAUUGCCGGCAGGAGGAAGAGGAGACGAGGAAGAACUUGCGAAGGAGAACAAUAAGAGUGCUCAGUCAUCGAAAGGGAAGAUAACGCUGAGCAUGACCAAGACCAAGCCUGAGACUGGAGAGGCGAUCGGCGUAUUUGAGAGCGUUCAGCCAUCUGAUACCGAUUUAGGAGCCAAAGCCCCGAAGGAUGUGAAGAUCCAGGGCAUCUGGUAUGCUCAGCUUGAUUUCUCAUAGACCUUCUUCUUCUUCUUCUUCGAUCUGAUUAAAGAAAUGUGUGGGUUCGGAGUUUGUAGUCUCUAGAGGAGAAUAUUGCAUAUGCUGGCUGACCCAAAGGGCACUACUUUUAUUAUUAUGUUUGUAUAUUAUAAUAAUGACUUGAAAUUAUCAAAAAAUGUAGUUUAUAUUGGUGGUGUGGUGCGUGAGUUUUUGUAACAUUCGAUGUUUACUUUCGGUGGCAAUUCCAUCGAACCCCAAUGCAAAAGAGUGAGUUCAGCUUCAUGAAUGAUGAAUCAUCGUCCUGAUUGAAUUUC